GCACAAGCGAUUCUUGCAAUUCACCUGACCCGAGUCCUCCUGCAUGUCUGUCUUUAUCGCAACAUCGAGCAAUGCAACCAGAGGAGCGGCCUGAGGCUCCUGAGGCUCCCAGCGCGCCAUGGCGGGCGGCGUCUGCCAUUGUUAUGGGCGCGGUGGGCCUACUUUGCAAGGGCUUUUUGGGGUUGAAUAAGGUUGAGCUGCAUGGCAUGGAGCGCUUCUUACAGCUGCUCGAUGAGAGGCAGGAUCCAAAAGAAAGGGAACGAGGUCUUAUUACAGUAUCGAACCACAUUUCUGUAAUGGAUGAUCCCAUAUUAUGGGGGAUAAUGCCUCUGAGCUAUAUGUUCAAACCGGACAACUUGCGCUGGGGCUUGGCUAGCUACGAUCUAUGCUUCACGAACAAAGGACUUUCUACCUUCUUCACGUUCGGCCAGACAUUACCCACCCAUCGAAGCGCACAUUCACAGUUUGGUGGUCUGUUCCAACCUACAAUCACACAAGCUAUCCGCCUCCUGUCGUGCGGCCCCUUCCUGAAUGCCGAUCUUCCUCAAAAACCCGCCAACUCUCCCAAGAGUCCAGACCUCAUUGACCCUUUCAGUAGUGGUCACCUUACUUUCUCGACGAACGGCACCGACACCUUUCCUGCGCCUUCGCAAUACAUCAACAGACGACAUGCAUGGGUGCACAUCUUUCCAGAGGGCAUGAUACACCAGUCUGAACAGCGUAUAAUGCGCUACUUCAAAUGGGGAGUCUCGCGCUUGGUCUUGGAGAGCGAACCGAUGCCCGAUGUUGUACCCAUCUUCAUUGAAGGCUUUGACCAGAUUAUGAACGAGGACCGCACGUUCCCGCGCUUUAUACCACGAGCCUUUCAAAACGUCAGGGUGACGUUCGGCGAGAAGCUCAACACAGAAGAGGUGUUUGGAGACUUGCGCGCUAGGUGGAGGCAGUUGCGCGAGAAGGAAGAGCAGAAGAACGGGACGCUGGAUAUCGGCGUCCUGAACGAGGCGCUCAAAUAUUCGGACGAGGCUGUCAGAAUACGGAUUGAAUGCACUGAUCGCAUCAGGAAGGCUGUGCUUGAUGUUAGGCGGCAGCGUGGCUACUCGGACGAAGACCCUAAGAACAACCUCGCUAGCACGUGGCUCAGAGAGGGGCCUAAUCGCGAAGGUCACCAGGAUGACGGCAGUAUUACAAAAGAAGAGUGAAACAUGUUGUAGGAUA